UUGUCAGACAUUUCGGUGACUUAUAAGACGCAAUAGAAGAAAUAAAUUAGGGUUCCCCUCUCGUUCACCGUUUCAGAUUCUCACUUCCAAAAGCAGCAGCUUGCCCCGGACCAUCUUCGCCAUCGCCACCACGAUGGGGAAAGAAAAACAGACUCUUUUUGAUAAAGCCAGUUCCAGUGGUGAUCUAAAGUCAAUAAUUCAGCAACAUACAUUGUUCUUUGACAAGUUGAUUGAGCUAAUCCCUGCAAAGUUCUAUGUACCUUCUGAUGAUAAGAAGCAAUGGUUUCAGGGUCUUAGCAAGGAUGAAAAAGCUUUGGCUAAGAAAGAAUCAAGAGAAAACAUUAAGAAAGCUCGAAGGGAACGAUUCGAUCCAAAUUCUAAAAAAACAACACUUGAUUUGCUUAAGCAAAACUUAGAAAAGGAAAAAUCGAAUGAGGAUAGUGAUGAUGAAGAAACAGAGGUUAAACCUGUAAUGCCGGGUCUAGAAGGUGAUGAACGAUCAGUUACAUAUGAAGAACUCCGGCAAAGACUUCGCCGCAAGAUUGAAGAGCUUCAGGCAGGUCGAAAUGCUGGAAGUUCAGAUCAAUCAAAGAAGAAGAAUGAGAAGAGUGAGAAGAAGGGCAUUGAACAAAAGAAACGCAAAAGAGAUUUGGGAUCUGAAGGACAGAAAUCUGCAUCUAUUGAUGCAUCAAAAAAGGUGGAGGAGGAUAUAGCAGAGGCUUCAAAGGAACUUGCAUUUAGUCAUGUCAAAAUUGGAAAUGAGGAAAAGCAUGGGAAAAAGAAGAGGAAGCUUUCUAAGUUUAUGGAGCUUGAAAAAGCUCAAAAAAUCGAAGAAGCGAAGAAAGAUCCUGAGAAAGGGGAGAUGUUUGCAAAGAAGCAUUCAUGGAAGGCAGCAACUAGUAGAGCUGCAGGGAUUAAAAUUCAUGAUAAUCCAAAGCUUUUGAAACAGAGCCUACAGAAGAAGAAGAAAAAGCAGCAGAAGAAUGUUGAGAAGUGGAAUGAGAGAAUUGAAACUACAGAGAAGAUGAAAGCUGAGAGACAGCAGAAGAGAUCAGAAAACAUAGCAGAGAGGAGUCUCCAAAAGAAGAUGCGCCGGAUUGAAAAGAGAGAGAAAAAGCUCAUGCGGCCAGGGUUUGAAGGUCGUAAGGAAGGUUAUAUUAAUCAAGCAGUAGAAACAGGAAUGCGCAGGCCUGCUUUAUAAAUUUAUGGCAGAAAAUCACGCUUUCAUCUUUGGGGAAGCAAUAGGAACAGUUAUUGAGAUGGGUGAAUAAAGUGGUUUUGUUCGUAAUGGGCAACUGCAUGCACAAUCGUUCAUGAAUACAAAAACAUAGGUUUUGCCGUCACCACUGAAAAUGCAGUGGAAAAGCCAUACUGUGAACGAUCGACCAAAGGGCCUCUGUAAUGAAGGUUGGCAGAAUCUGAGGCAGAGGCGCAGAGGGUUACAAACCUACAACAAGGUCAAAACGAGUGGCAAAAUUUAUACCAUUGUUGUUAGGAGUUGAUCUGGUCUAAGUUAGUUUGGUUUGAAUCUACUAUUUAGUUCGAAUAAAUCAAAUUUGAACUGGAGCUCUAGCUUGGUAACUCAAGUGAUAUUCAACUCUUUUGUCCAUCUAGAAACACUUCGAGGUGCAAACAAACGGAACUUAGUGAUGUUUGAUUUGAAUUUGAUUUGAUUACAUGUGUACAUUGUUGCUCAAA